AUGACGAUUCCGAUUCGAAUACCGAGUUUGGGGGAGGUGGUGUUGUUAGUUGGGACGUAUGUCGGCUUGAGGUUUUUACAUUAUGUUGUAUGGAGACCACUUACCUCUCCUUUUAGACAAUUGAGGGCUCCUCCGGGAGGGAAUGGAUGGAUGGGACAUUAUCCUCUUCUGGUCGACUACUAUUUCAUCCAAGGUCUAGAUGAAUGGGUUACCAAACUCGGAAAGACAUUUCAAAUCAAUGGUCUCUUAUGGGUCAAUCCUCGUUUAGUGACCAUAGACCCAAGAGCUAUCUCUCAUAUAUUCGGUAACACUUCUUUAUAUGUCAAACCGGAACGGUUGAGAUUAUUGUUGGGGAGAUAUAUGGCGAAUGGAUUGAUUCCUGCCGAAGGGGAGAGACAUAGAUUACAGAGGAAGGUUGUACAAAGGUUGUUUAGUCGACAGGGAUUGAAAGAUAUGACUGAAGGAAUUCAGAAGAAAGUUGAGCAACUUAGAGAUACGAUAGCAGAUCUUUGUUCAGACCUUACUUUAUCCCCUCCUUACACACGAGACGAUCUGAUGAUGAACCUUCCUGAAACUUAUCGUAUCAUAGAUAUCUACGACCUCACAUUAAGGUGUUUCUACGAUGUCAUCGGACAAACUACAUUGGGAUACGAUUUCGAUUGUGUUGCUGAAUGGAAUGGACAGGGUGGAAAGAUAUAUGAAAAGUAUGAAAAGAUGAUGCAGCCUUAUAAUGGGAUGUAUAGCUGGGAUCAGCAUUUGAGGAUCAUCUUACCUCUUUUAAAUAAGAUAUGGCCCUCCGAGAAUCUACGCAGGGUUAACGCAGGAAUGGGACCCCUCAAAGCUUUAGCGAAGAAAAGGGUAGCAGAACGAAAACGUGAAAUGGCAGAGGGGAACGACUCGAAGGAUCAGAAGGAUUUGAUUAGUGUAAUGCUGAGAGCUAAUCUGGCCAAUCCGCCCGAUCAACAAUUGACAGAAGAUGAGAUAAUUGGUCAAUUGGCAACUUUCCAAUUUGCUGGAUCUGAUACCAGCGCUGGAACAGUCGCUUUUUGUCUCUGGCAACUCGCCCUUCAACCUGAAUUUCAAUCAAGACUCCGGGCUGAAUGUCUUGCAUAUGGCGAUAAGCUACCUUUUGAAAAUAUCGAUGAUUUACCCUACCUCAACGCUGUGAUGAUGGAGGCAUUAAGAUGUAAUCCUAGUAUACCGGGUACGCUUCGUCAGGCCACGCAAAACGAUAUUAUACCUCUAGCUUCACCUAUAAUCAAUACAGACGGUAAACCAAUCACCGAGGUGAGAAUUCGAAAAGGCCAAUUUGUGAGUUUUUGA